AUGCCUGUGUUCCAAUCCAAAACCUUUCGUCGGGCGGCUACGGAAUCAUCGUCCCUCGGUGAACGGCUCGGCGCAUUCUAUCGGGCGCGACUGGCUCGACACCCUUUCAUUCUCUUCGGACUCCCAUUCAUGGCCGUUAUUGUCGCCGGGUCAUUUGCUUUGACACCCGCCGCUGCCUUGCGGUAUGAGCGGUAUGACCGCAAAGUCAAGCAGCUCAGUCAAGACGAAGCAUUUGACCUCGGACUCAAGGGUCCUGACGGGGAGGAGGGAAUCAAACGCAACCCGCGGAGGAGGAUUAUAGGCGACGAGAAGGAAGAAUACUACAGACUCAUGGCCAAAGAUCUCGAUCAAUGGGAGCAGAAGCGAGUAGAGCGAUUCAAAGACCAGGAACUGGAGUCGUGGAAGGCCAACAUGACAGGCCCAGGACGCUCACCCUCCUCACCUUGGGUACAAAGUGCUCAAGGUGGUCAUCACGAUGGUGGUAUCACACAGUCCUUCCAGCCCACCAUGUCCCCAUCAACCACGGGCAUGAUGUCUAGCGCGAGUUUUACAGAAAGAUCAAGUCCCAAUUAUUUUGGCAUGGCUGUGCAAAGCCCCAACAAUCAACAGACCUCCAACCCAGGGCUAUCCAUGCAAAAGAACUGGGGUACAUUGCCCCACACACAACCUCUGCCGAGUCCAAAACUACCGAUGUUUUCCCAAGAAUCAGUAUCAGCAGGAUUGAAGGAUCUACUGAAAACUGAGACUGAAACCAGCCGCAUACGCCGAGAAUCAGCAUUGCAUGGAUCUUUCUCUCCCCAGACGACGUCAUGGUCAAAUCCCUCACCUUCACAUUCGCUGGGAAAUUUUUCAUUUGCGCAACCCAACGAACUGAGGCUUCCGGCCGGCAAGACCUUAGCGCCCACUCCACAAGGAGCCACCCCCGCUUCAUUUCCCUGGGUAUCAGCCGAACGCUGCGCCGAACUCCUUGAAUCAUCUCAGUCAAACAUCAUGCUAUUCGAUGUUCGCCCAUUUGCUCAUUUCAGACAGGCCAAUAUCAAAGGAUCACUCAAUUUAUGCAUCCCCACUACCCUACUUAAGCGUCGAUCAUUUGAUACCCAGAAAUUAGAGGGCACUUUCACAGAUGACGCCGACAAACGGAGUUUCGCUCGUUGGAGAAAGAGUGACGUGAUCAUCGUAUACGAUUCUGCCGCGGCCGAUUUGAAGGAUGCAGCACCUCUUCUGAACCUUCUCAAUAAAUUCCAGGCUGAAGACUGGAAAGGAGAUGGAUUGAUCUUACAAAACGGAUUUCGAGGUUUCUCGGGGCGGUUUCCACAUUUGAUUCAGCAUCCACAAACGCAGACAACCGAACCAUCCUCUAAACGUCCCUCUGCCAUGAGAAUCAAUCUACAAUCCGUUGCUCCUGUCGUGGGUGGUUGCGCCUUGCCAGAAUCAUCCUCUGCCGUCAAUCCAUUCUUUGGGAAUAUUCGACAGAACAUGGAUCUCCUCGGAGGUGUCGGCCAAAUUCCUCUGAAACAGCCCGAUCAAUUGACCGAAGCGAAGCGACAGCAACUCCCUUCCUGGUUGCGGGGCGCUUCCGAUACCAAGGACCAAGGGCACAUUAUCUCGAGCAAGUUCCUGGCUUUGGAGAAAACAGAAUUGGAACGCAUGAAACAGGCUUUAACAUAUGAAGGACCUUCGGCUGACACCAAUGGUAGCCCCAAGAAAUAUCGCGUUGCGGGGAUAGAAAAAGGCACGAAGAAUCGUUACAAUGAUAUUUACCCAUUCGAUCAUUCCCGUGUCCGACUCGAGGGGAUUCCAUCUGGGGCCUGUGAUUAUGUGAACGCGAACCAUAUUUCCGCUGAACUUACCAAUCGGAAAUAUAUCGCCACUCAGGCUCCCGUUCCUGAUACAUUUGAUGACUUUUGGCGCGUUGUGUGGGAGCAAGACGUUAGACUUCUCGUUUCCCUCACCGCAGAGGUUGAGCGAGGACAGAUAAAAUGCCACCGAUACUGGGAGUCUGGGAAAUAUGGACCGUUCGAGGUAAAGGCCUAUUCGGAAAAGCACAUCAAUAUCGAAUCUAAGGGCGGACCUAUCGAUCCCACGGCUGGCAGCCCUAAGGCGACCGACCGACAUGAUGGCACAAACGAGAAUCCAGUCAUCACCGUGCGAAACUUCAGUAUCUGCCAUACGUCAUUCCCCUUCGAGCCACUUCGGGAUAUCACCCAGAUCCAAUAUCCUUACUGGCCCGACUUUGGGACAACGUCACAGCCCACUCAUCUUCUCCAUCUGAUUGAGCAGUGUAACAAGGUCAUUCGUGCCACCAGCAACUCCAGCUUUAGUAGGGAGCAAGCAGAACCGAAGGGUCAGCGGCCAGUACUGGUGCAUUGCAGUGCCGGAUGUGGGCGUACGGGGACCUUCUGCACCGUCGAUAGUGUCUUGGACAUGUUGAAACGGCAACGUGCGCAGGCUGCCGGUGGAGGAGGCCUGGAUCAAAACCCCAGCGGUUCUUCCGAAUGGAUGGGAGAUUCCAAUCUUGAUCUAAUUGCGAAGACAGUUGAGGAUUUCCGAAGACAAAGACCGAGCAUGGUACAAAACCUGAGUCAAUAUGCACUCUGCUAUGAGAGCGUGCUUGAAUGGCUCGCUUCUGAGAUGGACUAG